AUGCAGUACUUUAGUCAGAUUACUGUCUACCUUACAAACCAGUUAAAUAGGCCCGAUUUUGUUGAGCCCCCUUGCCACCCCCCAGAACUUUCCAACUCAUACAAAGCAGCAUGCGCAUCACUUGAGACAGUUUUCACAAAUGCAUCGGUCAUCGGACAAUGUGGCCAAAAUAUGGCAAGCCUGGUGUUGUGCUUGAAUGCCCAUAAGCUACCACUCAAGAGAGUUGUGGAGGUUUUCCCAUUUCCUCCUAUGAUUGGGUCCAACACCACCGAGACUCUGGAGCUGGUCUACUUUCAAAUCGGGAACGCCUAUUUUCUUUGUGAAAGUUAG